CUUGUUGACGACAAGACGUGAACGACACUCGACGGGCCGACGAUAUGAGCUUCUUUCUAUAGAGAUAUGUAGAAACAUAUAUAUAUAUAUAUAAUGCCUUACGACACUUAAAUCGCCAGUAUCGCUCGUUGCGUGCGGCUGGCUGGCGAUCGCGGUGAUCGCGUCUGUUUUAUCGCCCGGGACACGAAGCACGUGGUCACGCCGAAAGGAAUUUUUCGCCUAGACGAUGACGACGAGCAGCAUCGUCGGCGUGGAGGCGGCAGACGUGCCGAUGGAAAACAGCCGCGGGAGCAUCAAGGAUGGCGUGAUCGAUUUCGUGGCCGGUUCGCUCGGCGGUGUAGCGCUUGUCUACGUGGGCCAGCCACUGGACACGGUGAAGGUAAAGAUGCAGACCUUCCCGUCCAUGUACAAAAGCAUGGUGAAUUGUUUUCUGCGCACGUUAAGGACAGACGGUAUCAUAAGGGGUUUGUACGCCGGAACGAUCCCGGCGGUAGUCGCCAAUGUUGCCGAGAACUCGGUAUUGUUCGCGGCAUAUGGCGGAUGUCAAAAGGCGAUCGCUCAUUUAUCAGGUGUACAGAACGUGAAAGAACUGAGUUCUUUCAGCAACGCCUCGGCCGGCUUCUUUGCCGCGUUUUUUUCCUCGCUGACGCUGUGCCCGACGGAAUUGAUAAAGUGCAAGUUGCAGGCUAUGAGGGAGGUCGAACAGGCGCAAGCGGUAACCGCCACGGCAAAGUCCACGAAGCCUUGCAUAGGACCGUGGAGUUUGACGAGGCAGAUCCUUAGGGAGCAAGGUGUGAGAGGCAUGUUCACAGGCCUCUCGUCGACGAUAGCCCGCGAAAUGCCUGGCUAUUUCUUCUUCUUCGGCGGCUACGAGGCCACGAGGGAGCUGCUAGCUGCGAAGGGUCAGAAUAGGGAUGACAUCGGCUGGCAAAAGACGAUGGUGGCCGGCGCGGUCGGUGGCGCGAUGCUCUGGCUGGCGAUAUUUCCAGCCGACGUUGUCAAAAGUAGAGUACAGGUGCAGAAUUUGAAAACGCCCGCCUUGAUAGUCUUCAAGGAUAUCGCACGGCGAGAAGGUACCCGCGCGCUGUACAACGGAUUGACACCGACUUUAAUCAGAACGGUACCAGCGACCGCGACACUGUUCGUCGCCGUUGAAUACUCGAAGAAACUAAUGUACGAUUAUUUCUAAAAUCGAUCAUUCAACAUUUUCCACGUUUUCUUUCGUGAAAGCGCCUGCCGCGCAAAUGUCCUACGCGCGAAACACUUGCUAUUUAGACGUGUAAAAUCAUGAAUUCAAUGUCUAUAUCUGUAAAUAUGAGAGAAUGAUGGUAUGUAUAUACAUCGACAAUAAUAGCAGUUACAAGAAAUAUUUUUCCUAAUAAAAGGUAUAUGAGAUUUCUCUCUGC